AUGUCAUCUAAAACUGACUAUUUAAAAAAGUAUAUGUCAGUAGGCUCAAGCAAUCAAGAAAAGAAGAAAAAGAAGAAGAACAAGGAUAAACCGACGGGGUAACUAAUUUUAGACAAAAUGGCUUAAUGGUUUGUAUUUCCAGAUUAAGAUUAAUCGAAGAAGAUGCAUUUCUUUCUGUCGAACCUGCAAAAGCCAAAGAUAUCGGGUCGGACGAGGAACAGGAAGAAAUCGAAGUGUUGAAACAAAGCGUCAAAAAGGCGAAGAAUGUGGGAGGAUUCAAGAAAACGUUCGCCCCAGUCGAGGCGCUCAAGGAAAUUAAAGCUGAGCCGCUAUCACCUGAUAGCUCUCCUCCAAGGCGGCAACGACAUGACAGCGACAAUUCUUCUUCGAGGCUGGCAAGGAAGAGGCACGACAGCGACAAUUCGCCACCGAGAGCUGCGAGAAAAAGGCACGACAGCGACAAUUCGCCACCGAGAGCUGCGAAAAAAAGGCAUGACAGCAAUAGUGGUAAGAGAAAACUAAUUUAAAAAGUUCAUUAAAAUCAUUCUUAUUAAUAUAACUCUUCACGGGUUUGUCCCUCUGUUUGUCUGUUUGUUUAUUUGUCCGUUUGUCCGUCCCCACGUUUAUUUCUAAAACGAAAAGAUUGUGACGGAGAAACUAAGAAAUGAACACUUGAACUUUCUAACGGUUAUGAUGAACAAACAAGCGGCAAAUCCGCUUUCGAGCGUUAGCUUGGCCCGCGCAACGUGCCCAGGUUCUAAAAGUCUUGUGUCUGUAGAUAACUCGCCUCCGAGAAGGUCUGGCGGACGUCAGCGGCACGACAGUGACAAUUCGCCACCAAAGCGAAGUCGGAAAGAUAGCGGUGCGAACUCUGUCUUACUCCCAGUAUUUCUUUUCCUUAUUUCAGACAGUUCUCCUGUUCGCCGACGUCCUUCCUCACCGAGAAAUGGUCGAAAACGCCACGACAGCGAUAAUUCCCCACCAAGAAAAGGUACACGAGGUAAGGCACUUGUUCUUGUUUUUUUCUAUCAUGACAGUUCAAUUACAGAUAAGUCUUCCCCCGCUCGUGGUCGUUCUCGUCGGAACAGUGACAGUUCGCCUCCUCGUCGUCGCAGGAAUGACGAUAAUUUGAGUCCGCCAAGAAAGUCCCGAAAGAUUGAAGAACCGAAAAAAAUUAAAAAGGAAGAACCUGACAGUGAUGUGGAGACAUUUGGAAAGACAUUGGACGGAAAGAGAUCCGGACUCCAAUCAGCCAAAGACUUGAAAGAAGAGAGCGAUAGGCUGAGAGCCAAAAAUUCGAAGGUGAUCACAAUCUUGAAAGUUCCGACAAUUAUUUUCCGUUUACAGAUGUUUGACGAGUUAGACAGCUCGGUAAGCGGGCGGUUCGCCGACACGGUUUACCGUCAGAAGCAGACGAAGAAGAAGGGGAAAGACUCGGAAGAAGACCAGGCGAAGAAAGAAAGAGAAGCGAAGAAGACGGAGGAGCUGAAGGAAAAGUACAAAUCGUGGAAUCGAGGAGUUGCUCAGCUCGAAGAGCGGAAAGAAAUGCUCGAGGAGAUGGUCAGAGUGGCUGCCGAGCCUAUGGCAAGAGCACGAGAUGACGACGCGAUGAAUGCGCACAUGAAAGAAGUUCUGCAUGCUGCCGAUCCGAUGGCCGCAAUGAUUCAGAAGAAACGAAGGGACACGGCGAUCGAUCGAGGGGAACUAGUUUAUCCGACGUUCCAGGGACCAUGGACACCCAAUCGGUUUGGGAUCGCUCCAGGAUAUCGAUGGGAUGGCGUCGACAGGUCAAACGGAUUCGAAGGAAAACUCGCCAAAACGGCUAAUACUCGUGCCGCGAACCAAUCCGAAUACUACAAGUCGAUCGCAGAGUACGAAUGA